GAAAAAAUCGCGGCGGACAUUUUGAAGGCAAAAGUGAAUUUGAAGGAAAUUUUGCUGCGCUUGCUGUCGAGUGAAUAUACGCCAAAACUGGAAUAACUAAUCGUAAAUCAAUGCCGGAAAGUGUGACGGAUGUGUUGAAUAUGUUAUUUUGUCUGAAAGUGUAGUAUUUAGGAUGAAAUCUUGAGCAUAAAAAACGCCAGAAUUGGCCUCUGUCGAGGAUUCAGACGACGACGCAGAGGGUUUUUUUUCUUCUCAUCUUCAUUCGCGCCCCGCAUUGUCGUGAGUGUAUUGUGUGUGAUACAAAAUAUAACUCGGAAAGGUCGAUCAAUCAAAUUGUGAAGAAGAAAAAAGACAAUCGGAGGCAGGACAUCGAAGUAAGGCGACCGUGUGAGUCAGCCGUUUUUUGGAAAGGCAUUAGGUCAGCAAUCCUGUCAUUCGGACCGGAAGGUGCAUCCAGCCUACCAGUGAUCCGUUUGUGUCUUGCAUCAGUCGGCACUCGCAGAAGAUUGCCAUUUAAAUGAGUACUCAUUAAUUUACAUGAGCAUUAAACAAGUGUGGACGAAUGAAAUACCGACGCAGACAGCGUGUCACAUAAGCAAACAACCAUCUUGUGAGUUCGUUUCGAUUUGAUUCUAUAUUUAGAAUGGAUCCAGUAGGUCCAUGGUCGUACUCGUAUACUCGACAGCCGGGUUCGGCUGGUGGUGAAUUCCACCACCAUUUAGCAACAGCAGCUGCAGCCGGCAACAUCGGACUAGCUGCCCAUAAUACAACGGUUGGUGUGCCAUCGACAACGUCUCAAUUGCUGCUACAAGCAGCUCAUACAACGUCUCUUGGGACCUCAUCAGGUCCAUUCAAUCCGCCUGGCUUCCUGUCGCCACCUGGUGUAAGCUAUGAUGCCGUUUUUACACCGCUAUUCCAUCCUGCAGCAAACCCAAAGCCUGCCCACUAUAGUUCAACCAUCAAUCAGCAUCGGGUGUUGGCCCAAGCGCAGGCUCAGGCAGCAGUGAAACAAGCCAGUGACUCCGAAGUGCUUCGGGAUAACUAUACCACCCAUCAAACAUUGGCCGCUGCAGCUCAGGCCGCCAACUUUUUCGAGCAGCAACAGCAAGCUUCUAACGCAAGUGCCGGAAGUAGUGGAUCUACUUCAACCAGUGGCUCCUGGCAAGGAAACAACCAACUUCCCAGCCCUUUUGGUAUCAUGCCCCAUGAGAAUGUCCAGGCGAGUCCAGUUCCAUCGGCAUUGUCGAAACCCGCUACUUCAACGUAUGACAACUUCAACGCACAUUUUAACUUGAAUCAACAGCUGAACUCACAGCUGGCCUCUAAAGCUACUGCCAGAUCAGCGUCUCCUGCAGUCAAUAGUGGUAGUAGCAAUGCAGGUUCAUCUAAAACCACCACAAACUACUUUGCAUCGUCAAACUCUAAUAGCAAUGCGCAACAGUAUGGUGGUGUAAAUGAAUCUCUGUCGAACUAUUCCAAUCAACAACAACAACAGGCCAACAAACAGCAAAUGGACUACGGCAGUGCUAGUAAGUCAUUGUCGUCCAAUUCCACCGGCACCAGCGGUAGUUCGUCUUCGCUCCAGCAAACAUCACCAUCUUCCUGCAUUGUUAUUACCCCAAUUACAAAUCCUUCUAUCAUUGCCUCGUCCCCCUCAUCACAAUCAUCCCCUUCAUCUUUCGUAACAGCUAGUGCGAAAGACUACAAAUACCAGAGUCGCAUUAUACCAUCCCAAACACCUCUGGUUAAUUCCUCCAUCGUCUAUGCGGCUCGUAGCCACAAUGCCCAUCAAGCAGCAACCAGCAGUCUGAUUGAUCCAAAAACCCGAUUAUUAUCACCAGGUCUUCACACACAGCCUGUAAACCAACAACUGCAGCAAGCUCAACAGCAGCAACAACUUCAACAAUCGCAUCAUUUGCUGCAUAUGAACAGUUUCAUAGUACCACCGCCUACUGUAUCUCCCCAGUCUCCUGUGCACAGUAGUAACAAAGUUGUUCAUAAAAGUGCAUCGCACACGACGAAGGGGGGUAACGGUGCCACGGCAACGAUUAAAUCCGAUGGCCAGCAUAUAGUGAUCAGCCAUCAGCCACAGUCAUCACCGAUCAGCUACUCAAUCACCGAUAACAACAACGGAAGAGCAAGCAGUUCUUCUGCUUCCUCGCCCUCAUCGUCAGUCGUAGCAACUACGACGUCUAAAUUAAAUAGUCCUAUUAUUCGUGUCAAUAACGGUAGUAGUAGUAGUAUUUCUAGGAGUAACAGUAACAGUAGUAGUAAUCAACAGCAGCAAUAUCAACAAAACAGUGCCUCUAGUAGCUAUAGAAGUAAUUAUAAUCAAAUGAAUGUAUCUGGUAGCAGUAGCACUGAGUCCGUCGAUUACGGCCACGCAAAGCGUGAAUCCCAACAGGCGCAACUACAGCAGCAGUAUACGAAUGGUCCCAUAACACCACUAACUCGCCAUAAUAUGCCACCUUCCUCACCGGCAACGUCCGACUAUAGUAGCUCAUCUGGGACCAUACAACGACGUCCUCUUUCACCGGCCCAUUCCCAUUCACAAGUGUCUCCCAUGAGUCCGGCCUAUUCUAUAUACAAUAGUCCGAUGGGUAACACGCUUCCAUCUCCCCAGCAUCACUCUCAACAAGCGUCUUCCCUGCAACAAUCUUCGGCUCGGUCGCCGUCAAACAAUUUGUCCCGGCAGCCUCAAUCCCAACAGCAACAACAACAACAGCCAACUCCACCACAUGCAACCCAACAGGUUGCAUAUUCAUCGGUAAUCAUUCGCACUCAACAAUCAGCUCUACCAGAACCAAUGACAGGUCCCAAUCAGGUGUCUUCGCUUAGUCACUGGGACCACCGUAGUACAAAUGAACGAUCACAACAGGAGCGAAAUGAUCCGAUGACUAUAGUGCGAAACUUGCAGCAGCCAAGUAUAAUUUCACCACCACCGGAACGACAAUCGACUCCAUUGGUAACCCCUGAGAAGACUGAAUCUAAAUCGAGACGAAAAAAAUCCGAUACACCGACACGAAUAGUUCCGGUGGCGAGUGUCGCCAAUGGGGAUUUUGGGCCCAAUUCUACGACCACCACCAGCACCCCUGGGCCGAAAGAUCCCUCCCAAAAUGGGAGUACGUUGGAUUUCGACCGGUGGAAUCUUGCCGCUGCAUCUGCUGGAGCCGCGAAAAUGUUUGCGAGCGGUAAUUUUAUAUCCCAGUCUGCCUCGUCCUCAUUUAUACCUCCUCCACAUCCAAUUUAUUAUCCCACGUUCCAUGGUCCCAUCCCACUAAUACCCAACGAGAUUAUAAACAGCACUCUGGCAGCUGCCGCUGCUGGAAGUAAUAUCGAGGUCCCAACCUAUACCACUUUACUUAGUGCGUCCGAUAGUGUCCAUCCAAAUCCAACCGGGAAUAAAGUUCGUGGCAGCGAAGACGAACCACCCUCCGUGAAUGCUGUCAACAACAAUAAAGUAGUUGUCCCAAAUAUAGAGGAAGAACUUGGAUUUCUUGCAGAAAACACGAGGCAACCUCCACUACAACAACAACAACCACAACACCAGCAGCAGCAGCAAUCACACCAGCAACAAACUCAACAACAGCUCGGUGCUUCCUCUGAUGGUGCUACAACAGGAACAGCUGGAAACAAUGGCACUACACCCGCCAAGAAGUUCAAUGUUCCAACUAAAGAUAGCAAGGGAUUUAUGGGUAGCUAUCUGAAAUUUUUACAGGGCGAACGCGACACAUCGCCUCCGCCGGCUACGAGAAGUAAUCGAAAGACGACUUGGACUCGGCCGGCCGGAAAUUCUGGUAAUGCAGCUAACAAAAAUACGGCAACCGCCAAUGCUGCGAAUAAACCUGCUACUGCAAACCAACAGCAGCAGCAGCAGCAACAACAGCAGCAGCAGCAACCAUCUCAAACGGCACAAGCUACAGCCAGUGCUGAUGUUAGUAAUGGUAUCUAUCAAGCUGAACAAUACAUGUCUAAUUCCCAUAUUCCACAUCUGCAGCAUAAGCAGCCGGACAACCAACAGCAAUCGCAACAGCUCCAUCCACUACAGCAACAACCUGACCCACGAUAUUCGGCCUACCCGGUAACGAAGGAUAACCGAAAGCGCAAAUAUGACUCUGAAGUAAACAUACCCCAUCUGCCAGUCGCCGAUCCACUUAAUGUUCCUCAACGUCGUCAGACCUCCAACCGCAAGGCAAAAGCCAAAGCCUCCAAUAUACAGCAAAUGAUUGAGCGCGGUCAUGGUACCGGUGGACUAGAGGAACCAGCAGAUUUUGCCUCCGAUUCUGACUCCGAUCCAGCUUGGACGCCUCAAGACAAAGAAGAUGAUGAAGAAGAACAGGAUAUGUUGGGACCUAAGAAAGCUAAAAAACCCAAAAGUGUCGUUGGAAGUCCCCGUGGCAAGCAACGACCUCGUUCAAAUAUCCUGUCAGUGGCAGCAGCAGGUGCCGGUAUUGCAGAUUUCGACUACGGAAGCGAAGAGGACAACACUUUGCCUCGAGGAGAAGUUACACAGACUAUGGUGAACUCACCGCAACAACAACAACAACAACAGCAGCAGCAGCACGCAAUUCAACAACAACCGAUUUUACAGCAGCAAAUUCAACAACAACAACAAUUGCUUCAACAACAUCAGCACCAACAUCAACAACAACAGCAGCAGCAGCAACAACAGCAACAGAUGUAUCAACAAACGACGGCCCUUCCGAGUAAUCAACUGAUGCAAAACCAGUAUAUUCAGCAGCAGCAACAACAACAGCAGUUACAGCAGUACAAUCAAGGCGCUAUGGUCAACCAGCAGCAACAACAACAACAGCAGCAGCAACAACAGCAGCAGCAACAACCACAUCAGCAAACAACUUGCAGCAACGACGAUUUUCAGACCGGCGAUUUUGUUGUGAUUCGCACGGAGCUGGUGCAGGACUACCCAUCGAUUUGGCGGGUGGACGGUAAAACUCUGUUGCAAAAAUAUGAGCCGUUCGACCAGAAUGGCAAAACGCUGCAUCGCAACGUGUCAACCUAUGCUGCAUGGAAUGCAGAAAGUAAGAAACUUUACGUGAAAAUUCCGGUUCGCUUUCGGGUACACAACCAUAUGGAAUCCGUGGUCGAAUUCAUGCGCAACGAGAUGUCAAUCGACGACACGGAGCAGUUUCUGGAGAAGUCGAUGAAUGAAACCAAGGUUUACCAAGACGUUUUCGAGGUCUACAUUCAGACGUUAAUUUCGCAAGCAUUGGAUUCAAACUUCCUGAAAGAAAUUUUCCAGGAACAAGAUGACUACUUUUUGUCGCGAGUGCAAACAAUCGACAGCUUGACGGACGACCGGAAGCGGCGACUGAUCCAGAUAACGCCAUGGUCAAGGAAUAUGAUUACCUCGAUUGCGACGUUUCCUGCAUAUGACAUAAUGACCGAGUUGGGCCACACAAACAUGAACCAUCCGGUGUGUGUCGCAUGCCAUCAGCCGGGAAUCUCGGUUCGCAUCGUGCUCCAGGGGCAGACGUACAACACUGCAACGUUAGCACCCUGUCAAAUACAGGACACACGCAUCCAAUAUGAGAAGAACUUUCUGCUCUGUCGCAUUUGUUCGUCGCGGUUCGAACUUCUACAUAAGAUCUGUCAUCAGAAGUACAUGAUGUUUGUCGAGUGCGCAAAGCGCGUUAAUCAGCAAAUUUCGAACGAUUCCUCCAAAGCAGCUACCAUCAUUCUUAAUGAAUUACUGGCUGAUGAACAUUGGCUAACCAUGCUGUUCAAAGAAGUUCGUGGAAUUUGGGCAGAAAUUGAAAACAUGGAACGCCAGUAUCGAUUUCAGGUAGCGUCGCAAUGAGGAACGGAUAAGACGGUAAUAAAACCGACCUAGUAAAUAUCAGCAGAAAAGAGUAACAAAUUCUGUAGAAAAUAAAACAAAAACAGAGAAAGUUGAUGUUCGUGGCAUGUGAGUCAUCCAAGAUGAACAAACACACGGCAAAGUUAAAGCACCAAUAUUUAAAAAAAAGUGUUUGGCUAGAGGAGGCAUCGAAAAUGCGUAUUUGGUGAACAAAUUACUCGUUGAAAAGCUAAAACCACUACGCUAUCCAUAAUUUAAUAAUAAUUUUCACACUCAUUACAAUGGAUCGAUAGAUAGUCGUCUAGUGACUGCCAGAGAAGUAGUAUUUUCAGAACCAACCAUUAUCCAUUUCAGUAAUACGCAGCAUUACCUAUAUGUAUAAACAGCAUAACCGCCAUUUAUUCCUUCGGACAUUUCUCUGCAUUACUUUAUGAUUCAUAUCAACUCUAGAGUUAUCUUUCUACAAACACUUACAUGGCUUCGUCUAGAGCACCGAAUUUUAUUUGAUCAAUUACUGCUGGACAAGUUAGCGUAAACCGGAGAUAGAAUUCGCUCAUCGUUAGGUAUUUUUAUAAAACAAAACUAAAUAGUACGCUACAUCCAAGUCAUCUAUGUACUGUAAAAAAUAUCUUAAGAGAAAAAAAUAUCACACAUGUAAAACUAA